UGGAGCUCAGAGCUGGGAGGUAUCAAAGUGCUGCAAAAUGAAUUUCAACAGGAUGAUACGAACUGCGUAUAGGCCUUUUCUUUUUGCACAUAUGGAGAGAAAAGGUGUGGGAGCAUCGUUCAGGUUCACUCAGACAACACGACACCUGAUGGAACUGACCGGAGAGCAGCUGAAACUGACUGAGAUCCAUCUGAAAAGAUAUUUACCUCAGUCACAGCAGGCUUAUGGCUGUCUGGUCCUCAGAAACAGAGUCACAUCAGACCCUGUGAGGGUUUUAGUGGACAGAUGGCCAGAGUUCAAUGUCAUUGUCUGCAAACCAAAAUAUGAACAGAAGGGUGAUCUCUUUAAAACUACGGUGGUUUUUGCAAAAGAUGAAGCUGUUCUAGAGGAAACUUUAAGGAAGUCCUCUGUUAUUGACUGGACCCAGUACCUUUGUGUUGAUAUCAAUCUCCGCCAUGUGGAGGUAUUCAAAGCAGUCGCAAGAGAAAAAGGCGUGUUCAGCAGCAGCCUGACAGUGAGUCACAUGACAAUACCAGAUGUAUCCAACCUUCCCUCUGUAGACAGCUCAGGGAUCUCAUUAGGCUCUCUGGAUGAAUCACACGUCGACUUGGUGAAUCAGAUGUGGAGGUAUGGGAGGAACGAGCGGACUGUCAGGAUGAUCAGAAACAUGGUCGCAAACUUUCCCUCCUGCUGCGUGCUGGACGCAGAGGGAAAGCCCGUGUCCUGGAUCCUCACCUUUGCAUCCUGUGCAAUGGGCGUGUUGCACACUCUGCCAGAGCACAGAGGAAAAGGCUACGCCAAGGUUGUGAUCAACACCCUGGCCAAGAGACUCCACGCUCAGGGCUACCCAGUCUACGGCUUCAGAGAAGAGGAGAACGAGGUGACCAACAGGCUCUUAAAAAGCAUGGGUUUCGGUGAAGUCCCCUCACACCGGGAAGCCUGUAUUGUAUUCAAUGAAUUUUAAAUGUGUCAACGAAGAAGUCCCUUAAAAUCACAGGCUGCUCUCAACAUAGAAAAAGGGAAGGGGGAAAUGCUAGUCAGAAAUUAGGGGUAAAAAGCUUCUGUUUUUAAGCCUCCUAGUGCAUGGGAACAUGUUGUAUUUCCAGUUCAGGUUCAGUUGCCUCAAUCUGAAAUAACUUGUUUCAUGAACAUACCCAGGCCAGCCUUUGGGACUUCUGCGACCCUUCUCGUGUAAUCCAUCUACUGUUUUUUAUCUCACAAUAAUCAGUUUCUAGUUCCUAAAAUGUUGAGGCAGAGGGUGUUGUCUGUAGCUCUGGUUUAGGGUCAGAGGCUGUUAGCAGAUAGUUUGUUGAGCACGAUAAACAGAGAUCUGUGUGAGUACAUGAUCAUGAUCAUGGGGAGUACCACCAGUUGGUCCAGGAGCUUCUCCUCCAUGAUGGCUGUUUCCAGACACAUUUUAGGAUGACUCAGGGGCAGUUCGACAACCUGCUGUCUAUCAUCAGGUCGUACAGCUCUGGGUAUCCAGCAACCGCUACCACCAGUUUCUCCUCCAUUGUUUACCGACUCUAAACUUCUAGCUGCUGAAUGGCUUUCUGUGUGAUCAGGGCCUUUCCUGAGCCUGUUCUCUGGCCAACACGAUGUUGGAGGACCUGCUCUCUCCACAGGCCCUCUCGUCCCAUGGGCCCCAGUGCAACCGCAAUGCCCGCACUGUCUAUAUUUAUGCCCCUGUUCCCCACAGUUUAUUGAAAUUUCUUAAUCUAUAAGCAACAUAGACAACAUGUUUUAUACAUCCUGUAAAUCAAAUCCAGUGAAUCAUAUUUCUGUGUGUAUUUUACAUACUCAUAUCUUAUUUUGAAAAGCAGAGGUCAUCACAUCCAGGGCUGAAAAAAAGCCUUCUAUUUAACGAUUAAAGAAAAGUGAACUCAAACAUUGAUGAAGGAAACUAUUGCCAGGUAUUAUAAGAUCAAAUCAUAAGCACAUUUAUUCUUUAUUUAUUCAUUUAACCUUGAAAUAUUGGUCAAAUUGUGUAUGCAGAACUGAAAGUGUAUAGAGAAUAUGGCUGUUAGCUCUCUGUUCUCCAGGCAUACCCAAUUAAUGCAACUCCAAGACUGUUGAGGGACCCCACUAUUUAGAAAUAUUCAAAUACAACGCCACUUUUUCCCUUGCUAGGAUUUAAUGUAACUUUGGAGCAUUAUUUAGCCCCCUUCCAGACAAGGUAGCAUGACAUGGUAAUGGAUAGCAAAUACCUUGGCAUUGAUGGAAACACAACAUCCAGGUGAACACACUAAUUUUAGCUCCUUUACCGGCGAGGUGCAAUGAUGCCCCGCCACAAAAUAGCAUCAGUCUCCACCCAAGUAGCACUCAAACAUCAAUCCAAAUAAGUAUGUAACGCGUUUGAAACAGAGACUGAGUAACUAAGAGCUAUAUGAAAAGAAGUAACCAUCUUUAAGUUUUCGUAGGCCUCGUGCUCCUCUCUGCUGUUCACCUGUCCUACAGCCAGUUCAUGACUUUUGAGACACCAAACAAAAACAAAACCCAACACAGAAAGGCAUUCCCAUCUGCUGCAGAGCCAACCCCGUCUCACUCCAAGGUCGAAAUCCGGCGCUUGGGCAGUGACUUCAGACACUCACAAAAAAGCCAUCCUUUAACAUCGGCACGAUACCUGGCCAUUCGCCGUUAUAGUUUAAAAUAUAACAGCAACUGGCUGGUUGUGUUAAGGGUUUCUUUUUCAACACGGCUAGAUUACCCUGUGGAGUCCCGCAGGAGUCCAAAUUUUUUUAAUUUUAUUUAUAAAGCCCAAUAUCACAAAUCACAAUUUGCCUCACAGGGCUUUACAGCAUACGACAUCCCUCUAUCCUUAUGACCCUCACAGCGGAUAAGGAAAAACUCCCCAAAAAAACCCUUUAACGGGGAAAAAAAACGGUAGAAACCUCAGGAAGAGCAACUGAGGAGGGAUCCCUCUUUCAGGACGGACAGACGUGCAAUAGAUGUCGUACAGAACAGAUCAGCAUAACAAAUUAACAGUAAUCCACAUGACACAAUGAGACAGAGAAAGAAAGAGAGAGAGAGAGAGAGAGAGAGAGAGAGAGAUGCAGGUAAUGACAGUAGCUUACAACAACAUUAUUGAAAGUAAUAAUAUUAUAGUUAUAGUUCUGGCUACUGCGGUACAAUAUGUUGAAAGUAUGAAUAUCUGGCAGUAUACAUGUGUGACAAUAGUCAUAUGUGUAUAAUAACAGUAGAAGUAUGACUAAUGACUAAUGAUGGCAGCAGCAGCAGGAGGCAUCUGGCAGGACCACGGCAGCAGCACAACCACACACGUCACGCUGUCCAGGCACCGCUGUGAUAUGAGUUAAUCUGAGAGACAGUGGAGCACAAAGGCUCCGGAGAAGAAGCCGAGUUAGUGACAUCCAGAAUGGCCGAGUUAGCAAGAUGCAGUAAUAGAAUACCAGAGAGAGAGAGAGAGAGAGAGAGAGA